UUCUACAUUAUGCCUGUGCUUUUCCUUGAUUCCGGAGUUACGUUCGCUGUCUAUUUUUUAAUUGGAGCGUAUUUCCUCAUCGGAUUCGGUUAUAAUGCCAUACAGAUCGUCCUGAAAGAUCCAAGUAUUCGGGGUAUGUUGUUAGUGAACAAAGUAACUCGACAAUGGACGUACUGCGUUUCGUGUCAAUCACCCCGACCACCAAGGACACAUCAUUGUCAUGUUUGCAACAUAUGCGUUCUCAGACGUGAUCAUCACUGCGUAGCUCUAGCAAAUUUCAUGAAAUUAUUGUUCUGUUCAUAUUUAAUCAGUCUUACUACGAGACUGGAAAGAGGCUACACCUCUCCUCACGCUUAUGAACAACCAGUUGGAAAGCAUCGAACACUUUACUUAUCUCGGGAAUUGUUUCAUUUGAAGAGAACUGACGGAAGAAAUAGCAGCGCGUAUCCACGAGACUCGUGUGGCUUUGGCUAA